AUGACGCCAAAACAGCAAAGCUCGAUCCUUGGAGUUUUUGAUCAAUAUGACACGGUUGGUACAUCUAGAGACAUUAGGAUUUGCGGCCGAAAGCAACCGGUUACAGACGAACUCCUGGAAGGCUUCGAGAAUCAAGCUUCCGAUACUGAAAUGACUGAGAUCAAGUCAAAUCAAGAGGUCUCACUGCCCCAACUGCCCUCGCAUCCUACUCCCUCAACAACUGGCAUGAAGCUGGCAUCGUAG